UUGUGAGUAAUUAUUUGGCGUGCUUAUACGUGUGUAUAUGUGUACUUUAUGAUGUGUGGUUUGAGUUGCGCUUCAGUCAAAUGGAACAAAAUGCUGUGUAUUUUAUUUCAAACACAUUUUAAUGAAUUUUCCAUUUGGCUAUAUUUGCAAUGAGCAUUUGAUUUUGCCAAAUCCAUUUGAAUUAUGAUUUGUUGCUACCUCACUCCAUUUAAGUGCUACUAAAGAAACUUAUGACAGUAUCUCAAUAUAUGUUUUCUUAUAAGCUAGUUAAAAUUUUCCAAAAUCAUAACAAUCUGGAAUAAAACAUGCCAGCGAUUCAGGGCUUUUCAGUGCAUGGGGCCAACAGUGUGUUAGGUUCAACACGUAUGGACAAUUCUUUUGUUGUAUUGCCGAAGCAAAAGCCCCAAGGCCAAGGUACCUCCCAAGGAGCCCCUCCACGUCCUCGUGGAGGAGUAGUCCAUGCCGAUGUGGGACAUACUGGAAAAGCAAUGGAAGAGUCUUUUGUUGUUGUGGAUAAAUCUGAGUCCGCAUCUGAUGGAAGCGGGGCUCAUUUACCAUCACGAGAAGGGGGACCAAAUGGUGCUUUGCAUCCAAACAAUUCUGGAUUUCAUUCAACUAUAACUGUCUUAAAAAGAGCUUUUGAGAUUGCUACAUCCCAAACACAGGUUGAGCAACCUUUGUGCCUUGACUGUAUGAGAGUUUUGUCUGAUAAGCUUGAAAAGGAGGUGGAAGAUGUGACCAGGGACAUUGAUGCUUAUGAGGGUUGCCUUCGACGCUUGGAGGGGGAACCACAGGAUCUUCUUAGUGAGGCCGAUUUCCUUAAGGAGAAAUUAAAGAUUGAGGAAGAAGAAAGAAAACUUGAAGCGGCAAUAGAAGAGACAGAAAAACAAAAUGCAGAAGUAAAUACUGAACUAAAGGAGCUAGAUUUAAAAUCUAAACGCUUUAAAGAAUUAGAAGAGCGGUACUGGCAAGAGUUUAAUAAUUUUCAGUUUCAGUUAAUAGCACAUCAGGAAGAGAGAGAUGCAAUCUUGGCAAAGAUUGAAGUUUCACAAGCACAUCUAGAGCUGCUGAAGAGAACUAAUGUUCUUAAUGAUGCCUUCCCCAUCUGGCAUGACGGUGAAUUUGGGACAAUUAACAAUUUCCGACUUGGAAGACUUCCCAAAAUUCUAGUUGAGUGGGAUGAGAUAAAUGCUGCUUGGGGACAAGCUUGUCUUCUUCUCCAUACAAUGUGUAACUAUUUCCGGCCGAAGUUUCAAAGUCGAGUCAAAAUACAUCCUAUGGGGAGUUACCCUCGAAUUGUGGAUACCAGCAACAAUACUUAUGAGCUGUUUGGUCACCCUAACUUGUUUCGGAGCACUCGGUUUGGUCCCGUAAACUUGUUUUGGAGCACUCGGUAUGACAAAGCCAUGACAUUGUUUUUGGCAUGUCUUAAGGACUUCGCUGAGUUUGCAAAUUCUAGGGAUCAGGAAAACAACAUCCCACCUGAGAACCGUUUCAAAUUACCAUACAAGAUUGAGAAUGACAAGGUGGAAAAUUACUCUAUCACACAAAGCUUCAAUAAGCAGGAGAACUGGACCAAAGCUCUGAAAUAUACACUCUGCAAUUUGAAAUGGACUCUGUACUGGUUCGUUGGAAGCACAAAUUUCCAGUCUCUUUCUGCAAUGGUGUCUUCACCUGCUGAGGUACCAUCUGUGGGAUCUCUAUACGCCAAGCGUGGUCCUGACUCCAAAUCUAUAGCUAGAAACUCAUCAAACACCUGAUAGGAAAGUGUUGUGCAAUGUAUUAGCUUGUCAAUAGAAAUAGAUACAUAGUCAGCAUUACACGUAUUCUUGUAAAGUACGUAUAUAGGAUAUGAAAUCUGCUUAACAUUCAACCAUCUUUGGGCUACUAUGAGAAAUAUCAAUUAACUACAAGUGUAGCUUGUUGGUAGCCACAAUCACUGCAAGAUUUGUUGCAGGAGAUGAUCAAUUCAUGCUGUCUCUUGUUUCUAUUCUGGUCAGGA